UCUUGUCUCUCUCUAGGCUUUCCAGCUAAGAUUUUCUUCUCUUUUUGUUCUUUCUAAUCUCAGCAAUUACAUUAGGUUUCUUCUUCCUUUGUUCACCAUUAACAAUGGAGGUGAAAUCCUGAAAGAGGGUAUGAUAGUCUUUUUAGGAUCUAUACAUUAGAAGUAAUUUGUUUGUCUGGUAGAUUACAAAAAAAGGUGUCUUUUCUAACACAGAAACAGGAGAAACAGAGGUUUCAGGACAGUAUUAGGUUUGUUUCUGAGUCACCUGUUUCUCUUAGAGUUGGCCUUCAUUAUCAGAAACCUCCAAAACUCAAAUUCCUUUCUGGGUUUCACUUCUUUCACUGCAAAAGAUUGUCUUUCGAAUCCUAAAACUCACAACCACUAGUGCAAGUAAGCCUUUUUUUUUUUUUUUCCUCGAAGCAUUAUUUGCUCAUUAAUAUUGCUUCUAUUUUUGUAAGAUUUUGCUAUUUGGGUACUUUGUUAUUUUAAAAUAAAUAUUCACAGUGGAUCUCAUCGACCUUUGCUGGGAGCCAACUUUGACAACAAUUUUACGAUUUAAUACGAUUUCUUGUUGGGUUUUCUCUCAUUGUACUUAAAAGAAUGAUAAUGAAUGCGUUGAUGUUUUAAUUUAGAUUCAUGUUUUUUAUGUGGAGUAGUAAAGAAAUGGGCUAAUUGUAGUAACAUCAGUUGUUAACCAGGCAAUUAUUUCAUGAGGUUUUUGUUCUGCAAGAUUCAUUGUCCGUCCUUCAUUUGCUUUUGCAAACCCUCUCCUCACAUUUACACUCCUGGACCACUGAAAUUGGGAAAUACCCCACAUGUGCCUUCAAAACUUGACUCAGUUCCUGAAGCCUCUGAUCAAUUACCUGGUGAGACCAUUGAGGUCAAGGAAGAGAGUUUAAAUGGGAACCAAUCACCAGCUGAGAACUGCCUGAAAAGCAGUCUCAGAAAGCCGACUUGGGGAUCAGGUGCUGUGGAAGAGAAUCAGAAGAAGCAAGUACAAUGGAAGGAUUUUUUAGGGAAAGAACUUGUUGAAAUCAGGGAAUUUGAAUCCAGUGAAAUAGAGUAUACCGACAAUGAAAGCGACGACAACAGAGGAUGUGUUUGUGUUAUUCUAUGAACCUGCUCAAUCAGCUUCUGCUCUAUCAUUUCCAACACCGAUUAUUACAGCUGUGACAAGAGAAGCCAUAACAGCUUAAUCGUCUGAACUUCAUCUUAUUUAUCAUAUGGGUGGGAAAGGAGCUACAUCAGGCUGAAUGUUCGACUCUGAAUCUCUUUGGUGCUGCCUCAUCAGCUUUCUACAAGACUACUUCACAAGAACCCUAUAUAGAUAUAGUAGACAGUUACUUUUCUUUUGUAAAUUGUAAGAAUGCCAAGCUAUUUUUUAUUUUCUUUUUCGCAACAAAAUAUGAUGAUUCUUCAACAGCCAAUGAAGUUUCAGGCAACCUCUAAUCUUUGCCUGUUUGCCA